GAAGAAUGGAAUGAGACUAACGUAAGGUAAACUAAAUAAUUAAUUAAUUCGAAGACUAAUUGAUCAGAUAAAAUAUCUGAAAAGUUAUUUUAGGAAAUGAUCAUUUUGUAAUCUGAAUAUUUUUACUUGGUGCCCCGACUUCCUAGUAAUUACGGUUACAUGAUUAAUCAGUCUAAUCGCGUAAUAACUCAUUACAGAGAAUCUUUGAUAAAAACUAUAAGUCUUCAGUUAAUGAUAGUAAAGACAACUACUUGACUUACUUCAAAACUCCUGUAGUGUGGCAGGCUACACAUUGAUUUUCGCACAUUGGCCGCCAAUAGUGCCUGGAAUCCGGAGUCUCUUUUCGAUACUUUUUUGCACGGAUUAUGUGAGGAGGUAAAGACAGCCUUCAACACAUCCAGUGGACAUUAUGAGUACCAGGUCAUGCCAUUUGGAUUCACCAACGCCCCCGCUAUUUUCCAGGCUUUGGUCAAUGAUGUGCUUCGGGACAUGCUAAACCGGUUUGUGUUUGUGUACCUUGACAACAUCCUGUUUUUUUCCCGAUCUGCACAAUAACAUGUUCUUCAUGUCAGACAGGUCCUUCAGCGCCUCCUGGAGAAUCAACUGUUCGUGAAAGCUGAGAAGUGAGUUCCACCACUCUACAAUCACCUUUCUGGGAUAUGUCAUUGCUGAGGGCAAUGUUCAGCUUGAUCCUGGAAAGGUGAAAGCAGUGGUGGAUUGGCCUCAACCAACGUCCAGGGUGCAGUUGCAACGGUUUCUUGGGUUUCAAAACUUCUACCGCCGUUUCACGCGGGACUACAGCACCCUGCUGGCCCCCAUAUCGGCACUCAACUCUCCCAAGGUACCGUUCAAAUGGUCUCCAGCUGUUGACAAAGCCUUUGUGGACCUGAAGCAUCGGUUCACAACAGCACCCAUCCUCAUCCAUCCGGACCCCUCGCAUCAAUUUGUGGUGGAAGUGGAUUCUUCGGAUGUUGGAGUGGGGGCCAUCCUGUCCCAGUGAUCUGCCCAGGACCAGAAGCUUCAUCCUUGUGCCUUCCUGUCCCAUGGUCUCAAUCCUGCUGAAAGGAACUACGAUGAUGGUAACCGAGAACUCCUGGCGGUGAAGAUGGCAUUGGAAGAGUGGAGGCACUGGCAGGAAGGAGCAGAACAGCCAUUCCUGGUCUGGACUGACAAUAACCUGGAAUAUCUCCAUACAGCCAAGCGCCUCAACACCUGGCAGGCCCGGUGGGCUCUCCUGUUCACCAGAUUUAACUUCACCUUCUCCUACCGCCCAGGGUCAAAUAAUGUGAAGCCUGAUGCCCCCACCCGCCAAUACAGUUCCUCUGCAACACCCACGACCUCUGAAACCAUUCUCCCUACCUCAUGCCUUGCUGCCACUGUGGUUUUGGGUAUUGAGAACCUGGUCCGCGAGGCUCAAGGCCCCUAUCCUGGACCUGAAGGUCCCUGACGUCUCUGCCUUCAUUGCCGCAUGCACAGUGUGUAAUCAGAACAAGACUCCACGACAAGCUCCUUCUGGCCUCGUGUCACUACCGGUCCCUCAUCGUCCCUGGUCUCAUAUAUCUCUGGACUUUGUCACUGAGCUCCCUCCGUCUGAUGGCGACACUGUAAUUCUGUUGGUAGUCAAUCGGUUCUCCAAGGCUGCCCAUUUCAUUCCUCUCCCCAAACUACCUUCUACCAAGGAGAUGGCCCAGCUUAUGGAGCAGCAUGUCUUCCGGAUCCAUGGACUCCCGGUAGACAUGGUCUCUGAUCGGGGUUCUCAUCUCAGUUCUGGAAGGCAUUCUGCACCCUUAUUGGGUCGUCGGCCAGUCUGUCAUCAGGAUUCCAUCCCCAAACUAACGAUCAGUCGGAGCGAGCCAACCAAGACCUGGAGACCACCUUACGGUGCCAGGGCUCAACCAAACCCACUACCUGGAGCCGUCAACUGGUCUGGGUGGAGUAUGCCCAGAACACCUUUCCCAGUUCUGCCACGGGACUCUCCCCUUUCAAGUGCUCCAUGGGGUAUCAGCCUCCACUCUUCCCUGAACAAGAGAAGGAGGUCAGCGUACCCUCAGCCCAGAUGUUUGUCCGCCGCUGUUGACGUACCUGGAGAAGAACCAGGGUGGCUAUUCUCAAGACCAACUCCAGGUAUCGUUGACAAGCGGACCGUCGCCGGACCCCAGCUCGCCACUACCGCAUUGGGCAGAGGGUAUGGCUUUCCCCUCGGGAUCUGCCCCUUCAGGUAGAGUCCCGCAAGCUGUCUGUCAGGUUCAUUGGUCCUUUUCCCAUCUCCAGAGUCCUGAAUUCUACUGCUGUCCAUCUUGUGUUACCCCGUACCCUCCUUAUUCACCCUACCUUCCAUGUGUCUAGGAUUAAGCCCAUGUCUCACUGUCCUUUGUUUUCUGUCUCCAGGCCCAUCCCUCCCCCCCGGGUUAUCGGUGGCCAGCCAGUAUGUACGUCCUCCCGGUUUUGACCCUUGCCUGUUUCUGGAAUCUGUACCCACCUGCCUGACCAUUCUGCCUGCCUUGACCACGAGCCUGUCUGCCACUCUGUAUCUCCUGGACUCUGAUCUGGUUUCGACCUUUUGCCUGUCCACGUCUAUUCUCUUGCCUACCCUUUUUGAUGAUUAAACAUUGUAAGACUCCUACCAUCUGCCUCCUGUGUCUGCAUCUGGGUCUCGCCUUGAUAGAUUUCACUACCUUAAGCCGCCUCCAGUGUCGUUUUUGAGAUUUUGGCAGUAUGUCCAACCGGCCUCACAACUGCAGACAAUAUGUAUGGCGUCGUGUGGGUGCGCAUUAGCCCAUUUUAUUGUUGUUGUAUCUGUGACCAACAGAUGCAUGUCUGUAUUCCCAUCGAUUAGGGCUUAAUGCAUUUAUUUCAAUUGACUGAUUUGUCACGCCUUGGUCAUAAUGUUUUGUGUUUUUCGUUAUAUAUUUUGGUCAGGCCAGGGUGUGACAUGGGUUAUGUGUUGUGUUCAUAUUGGGGUUUUAUAGUAUUGGGAUUUUGAAUGAUUAGGGGUGUGUCUAGUUAGGCUUGGCUGCCUGAGGCGGUUCUCAAUCAUUCGUUUGUUAUUUGGUAUCAGUUAUUUCAUGUAUCGCGAUCCUUCAUUAAAGAUCAUGAGUAACCACCA